UUUCCCACGUGAUAGCGCGGUAAGUGUCAGUCGACCAUCGGCCACCGGUAGGUGCGUGUCGAAACGGUACGCGUCUUGUGAAAACGUUUGAAAGUCGAGUGUCAACGAAUACGUGAAUUUUCAAACAAGGAUUAGAAAACAGGUGGUGAAAAAAUUCGGUGCUGGAAAUCGACUCGCCACACGUUUUCGAUACCAUGGAGAGCUCUAUGACGGAAUUCGAGGAAAACGUAUCGUUCGAUAUCGACGACCCGGAUUUUGCCCCUUCAAAUUCCCGCGCCAUUGCUCACAAUGUCCUUCGCAACGUACAAUUUUCCGACAUCGCGUUCAGCGUCAACAAAUUUGUAUCUCACCAAAACAACAUGUCCGUUACCACAUCCGUGCAACCUGCCACCGAGAGCCUUUCUCGCCAUGGGAGCAACAUCUCUCUGUCCUGUCAUAGUUUGUGCGGAAGUGUCGACGAUGGCCUCCAAGGAUCCCAUCCACAAUACCAGGAUACGAUCCUUACAAUCGAGGAACUUCGUGCUCAACUGAACUCUUGCUUCACAUGCGGGGUUUCAUGGAGCGAAGAACACGUAUCUCUCGACUGCAGUGAAUGUGGUGGUUAUUCCCUUCAACGACCGUGCCCACUUUGUGACGGACGUUGCCACACCGCAUGGAAACGUGACCUUACCAUGUCUCACGCCAGCGGCAAAGCAAGAUGGAUCGGCGAAUGCGGGCUCAGUUGCGGUCCUUCCCUCGAGGAGUCGCUGGUGCCAGCGUUGGAAAAAUUACGAGCCACCUCGUGAACGGUGCUCGACGGACAAACGCAUAGAGAGACGUCGUGUACCGUCACUCAGCACAAGACUUAAUCCAUCACCAUCCAUAUAGUGUCACCCCACCACCAUCGUGCGAGUCGGAAACGUGUGAAUGUGGAUUCUGAUUGCAUAGCUGAUACAACAUUAUGUUCCUGAGGAGGAGAGAAAUGGAUAUGGACGAAAACCAAACCCGCAGUGAAAAUCGUUCUUCUCCCGUGGCUCCCUCUUUCGACGACGCACCGCCGCGAACGCUCGAUUGGUAGAAUCCUUUCUCAAGAGGCUGAAACGACCACCGCCAUUUUCAUCGCGAACGCUGGCUCCCCCGAUUGGAGCGUAUAUAGCCUAUCGCGUGAAUAACAAUGGGUGUUGGCGAUAGCUUCUUGGAAUUCGUGGAACGUCGAUGACACCGCGUGCAAUGUGCCCGCGCGUUGUGCAAAUCUCGAAUUAUAUUUCGUUCGGAGCGUACAAAUCUCUGGCAAGAGCACACUUUACCCGCGCGAUCUGAUUUCUAUAUAGCGGUUCUCGUAGAAACGUAUUCGGUACGAUUGGCAAAAAUUGAUUUUUGCAUUUAAAACGGCCCGGUCUGGAUAAAUUUUUUUUAGAACUGCAUGCAGUUUUGGGAAAAAAUAAAAUUUGGUUGGUAGUCACGUUUUUGUUGACACUGGUUUAAUGGUUGUACGGAUAAAAUUGUUUGAAACUUUCCUUCUUACGAUCUUUCAGUCUGAACGGUCUGGGUUACAUUGCAGGUGGCGCUGUAGCUUUAGUCGCCACGGAUCCGUUACGAAAUUUUGACAAGAGUAACUGCGAAAUACUUGCACGAAAUGGUUGAGAUGCAGUGAGUGAAAAGUAAUAUAGCUUCAGAAAUAUAUGUCGUCGCGUUUUGUGGAUCCGUGACCCCACGGAUCUCUUUCAUGUUUAGCUUGUAAUGAGAAAUUACAUUUUAGACCUUUUUUAGUUGUAUAAAUUCGGUCUCGAAGAAGUGUAAAGUUUAACGUUCGAGUUCUAAGUAACAUUUUACGCGAUUAAAAAGAAACGAGUCUGUUUCGUUAGGUAAAUUUGAUGCAAAAUUGAAAUUCGAAACAACUGUUCUUCCACCUGUACGAACAUGGAUUUCAAAAACAAGGAUUCGAGGUACAGUAGCAUAUAUAAUUGUUGAUACAAUGUACAUAACAAUUGAAUCAAAAUUAGUAGCUAAAUUUUUACUUUAAAAUCCGAAAGAAAUGUAUCUUUCGAGGAUAUGUAUCCAAUGCAAUCGAGUAUUUAGACUGAUAAUAGGUGAAAUUUGUAAGGAAAAAUGUUUUUCGUAGAGAAACAAACGUACCGCGUUUACGAUGAAACAAAAAAACACCAUUAAUCUAAAAUAUUCAAAUUCAGUUGCAAAUGAGAAACUUUUUCGAACGUGUACAAUCAAAACAUACAAAAAUGCGAAACAUUCGUGUGAUUAUU